AUGGAUGAUGACGAUGACAAUAUUAAAGAUAUUACUCCAAAACAGGCGCUCCUUGCAUGGUGCAAAGUGAAAAUUCCUCGGACCUUCCCGACGAAUAAUUUUAACAAGGACUGGAACGAUGGACGCGCCAUUGCCUGCCUGGUAGAUGCGGUGGCUCCUGGCCUUUUUCCAGAGUGUGAGAAACUGGAUCCGAGUGAAGCACUCAAGAAUGCCAGACAGUCAAUGAAAACUGCUGAAAAAUGGCUUGGAAUACCACAGGUUGGCAGCUUUUAUUCAAUAAUAAUAAUAAUAAUAAUAAUAAUAAUAAUAAUAAUAAUAAUAAUAAUAAUAAUAAUUCACCGCAACAGUGAAUAUUUUAUUUGAUAUCACUUUUUUAACGGAGCUCUCGCGCGCUCGAAGGGCGCGCCUGGGGAUCACCAUGGGUAAGUAAAUGUACCCAUCCCAGAAAAUUUGGUAAUCACGUGACGGUACUAGGACCGCCUCCGACCGUCCGGCCACACCAGACUCAUACCAAUGUAAAAUAACUCAAUCAACAAGUGUGGCAACCCAAAUGCAACUCGAGUUUAUUUUGGAGAGGAGGAGACAUUUUUUUGUUGGAAGAACAACAUGAAAAUUUUGUAGCGGCGAUGUCAACAUGAGAAAUGCAAGGUGAAAAUGAGCGGCAGCGAAAAAAAGUGAACGAGCUACACGUACGACAUUUCCUCCAAAGAACGUGUAACUAAGAAAUUUCUGAAGUUUCACGUUGUAGUCGUGCAAAACAACCGCAAAGAAAUUCACAAAAAGUGUGCUGCACGUGCAAAGUUGCUUUUUUGCUAAUUAGACCUAUUGUUGUUCUUCACCGUUCUCGUUACCUUCGCCGCUUAGCAUUACACGAUUCUAUACUUUGUUUGAACAAACUUUAAAUAUUAUCGAGAGCUUCGCUUUUAGACCUGGCUGGUGUGGCGGAUGCACACCAGUUGGCUAUGUACAAGCGGGGUCGAGGAGUUGAACUUGGAACUAACGAAAACACAUCCAGCUAGCGGUCAAGGCGGGACUUGAAUUCGGGGCCUCCGAAUUACAAGUCCAGCGCUCUCACCGCUCGGCCACGCUGCCUACCAAAAAAAUCUUUAUUUUGUUUUCCCUAUUUACGUCCUCCAUUUUCUUAAGCCAUUCACCUUUGUAAUUAUUCGGGAAAAAAGCAAGAUGACAUCAGACAGUUGAGUCAUUGAGUCAUUAUCUGCUCAUCAUCAAGACAAGAAGAAAAAAAUCACCAAAACCUUUUUAGUCUUUACGAGUCGAAAACUACACUGGCUUCAAUACCUAGUAUGAGGCAACACGACGGCUUUUCUGCCCUGGUUAUGUCCAGAACAGAAAAUUACAUUUUUUCUUCAUAUUUUGUUUUUCCCCUUUCUAUAUUACCAACGCUCAAAUAAAAACAUAGGAAAUUACGACUGGGAGGAUUGCAGUAUAAGUGAUUUGGUCAGUACAGCAUUAAGCUUUCAGGCUUGCAUUUUAAUGGUCAAACUUCUUGAUACAAAGACACGAAGAGUCAGAACCAGUCUCUACAUCAAAAUAAACAGUACCAAGUGAAAAUACAGCUUGGUAUCUUUUGUUUGAAUUACGUUCACAUUUUAAAAUUUCAUCCACAAACUCAGAAAACUAGUAGGAACCACUCUGUACUCUGAAACUGAAGCUGUUGAUUUGUGACAUUAAAGGUUAUCUCACCAGAAGAUAUCAUGAACCCCAAUGUGGAUGCACUCAGCGUCAUGACGUAUGUCUUGUACUACCUUACGGCAAAACUAAAACCUGGUGCCAACACAGACGCAAGAAAGUCAGAUGAUCCAACAGCAGUGGAUGCAAAGAGGAAGAAGAUUCAACAAAACACGUUCACAGAUUAA